AAAGAUGUACUUCUUCUGGUACUAGUGUACUACCCAGCCUCAACUAAAGCAGGAAGGCUUUAGCCAGAUCAGGGCAUCUACAGAAGAACAAAAAACGGCAGAUCCAUUUCAGAGCAGGGCAGGCGCCAGGUUCUCUUCUGAAUCAGCAGCUGAACACCACCGUGCUCCGGUUGCUGCUGCUGCUUCUUCGUCUUCUUCUUCCUACCGCCAACGACCAUGGCCGCUGAGACUGUUGUCCUCAAGGUUGGUAUGUCAUGCCAAGGUUGUGCCGGAGCAGUAAAGAGAGUGCUCACGAAAAUGGAAGGCGUGGAGACCUUCGACAUAGACUUGGAGCAGCAGAAGGUGACAGUCAAGGGCAAUGUCAAACCAGAAGACGUUUUCCAGACGGUCUCAAAGACAGGGAAGAAGACCUCCUUCUGGGAGGCUGAAGCCUCUUCUGCUCCUGCUCCUGCUCCGGCUCCGGCAACAACAGAAGCAGCAGCUCCUCCUACCACCACCGCGGCAGAAGCACCUGCUGCUGCUGCUGCUGCUGCUUCUGCUGCACCAGAAGCACCUCCAGCCAAGGCUGACGCUUGAUGAUCACACGCGAUCGAUGCAUUGACAUCUGAAAAUUACACUCCAAGCGAUUAAUUACUGUCUUGCAUUAGUCGAUCUCUAGUAAACGGGGGAGUACAAUCUUGUGGAAUCUGCAGCAUAGCAGUAUGGGCGUAUGGCGUGAUGGUCUGUUGCUGCCGGUGUAGCAUUUGACUCCGAAAUAUGAAAUAAAUCCAGUCUCUGUGGUUUUACAAAUAAGAGUCCGUUUCUCACAUGAUUGAUGUUCAGUGU